CUCCUCUCCUCCGCGCCGCGCGUCCGUGUGCGUGUUUGCGUGGGAGCGCGCUCUCACCUCGCCGCGCUCGCGCCUCCUCAGGACCACGGCUGCGCUCCAAGCGCCUCCUCGAUCGCUACCUUCCAUUUUUGCGCCUUCCACUGCCACCUCACGCCCGCUGACGCCCCGCAGCGCAAGGGGUAUAAAUCCCCCCGAUCCAGGCUCGCCCCUCCCAGAAUCGCCAAACCCUAGCCUACGCGGAGGCGGCGGAACGGGAGUCUGAGCUGUUGGGGGAGGGAGCUUCAGCGGUGAGGCAGCGUGGGAGCGUCCAGCGAAUUUGCUCCUGCCUGCCACCCUAGUGUUUGCUUUCCUGCGGCGGCGGGAUGAGCAGCCUCGUGGAGCGGCUGCGCGUGCGGUCGGAGAAGCGGCCGCGCUACACGCUCGAUGAGUCCGACGACGACCUCCCGCCGCUCGGCGCGAACGGGAAGGGCAGGGAUCGGCCAGGCGACGCCCCGGCCCAGCAGAUCGAGCGCGAGGACGCGAAAGAAGACGCCUGCAGGAAAUGUGGGCUCAAUGAGAAUCUUGUGUCAUGUUCAACCUGCACAUAUGCAUUUCACCGGAAAUGUUUGACUCCUUGCCUAAAUAUCACAUCUGAUAAAUGGAGUUGCCCUGAAUGUGUAAGCCCACUUACAGAGAUGGAGAAGAUACUAGACUGCGAAACCACAAAUGUUGUUCCUGGCAAGACUAGUUCUUCAGAGUCUGGAUCAAAGAACAAACCUGUCAAGCGAUAUCUAAUAAAAUGGAAAGGAUUAUCCCACAUUCACUGCACUUGGGUUACAGAAGAUGAAUACUUAGAUGCUGCGAAGAUGCACCCUCGGUUGAAAACUAGAUUGAAUAACUUUAAUAAGCACUUUGAGCCAAUAGAUAAAUCUGAUGAUGACUUUGCUGCAAUUAGGCCUGAUUGGACAACUGUUGACAGGGUCCUUUCUAGCAGAAAAAACUCCAUUGGUGAAAGGGAGUACUAUGUGAAAUGGAAGGAGCUUACAUAUGAUGACUGUACAUGGGAAAAUGAAUCUGACAUCUCGGUGUUCCAACCUCAGAUCGAGCGCUUCAAUGAGAUUCAGUCCAGGCGUAAGAAGUCUAUUGAAAAGAGCAAGAGUGCCAACCGAGAGAUGCGUCAUGUUGACGGGACCCCUGAGUUUCUUUCUGGUGGAACACUACAUCCGUAUCAGCUUGAAGGAUUAAACUUCUUACGUUAUUCAUGGUCCAUUAAUAAACGUGUCAUCCUUGGUGACGAGAUGGGUCUUGGGAAAACAAUACAAAGUAUUGCUUUUCUGGCCUCUGUGUCUGAAGACAAUUUUGGUCCUCAUCUAGUUGUUGCUCCGCUCUCUACCUUGAGAAAUUGGGAGCGUGAAUUUGCAACUUGGGCACCUCAAAUGAAUGUUGUGAUGUAUUCUGGAUCUUCAGCUGCUCGGGAAAAUAUUAGGAAGUAUGAAUUUUACUUCCCCAAAGAUAAACCUAAGAAGCUUAAGAAAAAGAAAUCAUCUUCAUCUAAUGAUGAAAAGAAGCAGUCAAGAAUAAAAUUUGAUGUUCUCUUGACAUCUUAUGAGAUGAUUAACAUGGACUCUGCUGUUCUGAAAACUAUAGAAUGGGAAUGCAUGAUUGUGGAUGAGGGGCAUCGGUUGAAGAACAAAGAUUCUAAGUUGUUCGGUCUUCUUAAAGAUUAUCCUACUCAACACCGUGUUCUCUUAACGGGCACCCCAGUUCAGAAUAACCUGGACGAACUUUUCAUGCUGAUGCACUUCCUUGAGGGUGAAACUUUUGGGAGUAUAGCUGAUCUCCAAGAAGAGUUUAAGGAUAUAAACCAAGACAAGCAAGUUGAGAAGCUCCAUGGAAUGCUGAAGCCACACCUUCUUCGGAGAUUCAAGAAAGAUGUUAUGAAGGACCUUCCUCCAAAAAAGGAGCUUAUUUUGCGAGUUGAGUUGACAAGCAAGCAGAAAGAAUACUACAAGGCAAUUCUCACCAAGAAUUAUGCAGUGUUAUCUCGUCGCGGUGGUGGACAUGUUUCCCUAAUAAAUGUUGUAAUGGAGCUGCGCAAACUUUGUUGCCAUGGAUUCAUGACGGAUGAACCUGAUACUGAUCCUGAAAGCCCAGAGGAAGGAUUAAGGAGGCUUUUAGAUUGUUCUGGAAAGAUGCAGCUGUUGGAUAAGAUGAUGGUGAAGCUGAAAGAGCAGGGUCACAGGGUCCUUAUCUAUUCACAGUUCCAGCAUAUGUUGGACUUACUGGAGGAUUAUUUGAGCUACAGGAAUUGGAGCUAUGAACGUAUCGAUGGCAAGAUAGGUGGCGCUGAAAGGCAGAUACGAAUAGAUCGCUUCAAUGCUAAGAAUUCUACCAAGUUUUGCUUCCUCCUUUCUACCAGAGCUGGUGGCCUGGGUAUAAAUUUGGCGACGGCUGAUACUGUAAUUAUCUACGACAGUGAUUGGAACCCACAUGCGGAUUUACAAGCCAUGGCAAGAGCUCAUCGAUUAGGGCAGACUAACAAGGUUAUGAUAUAUAGACUUGUUUGUAAAGGUACAAUCGAGGAGCGAAUGAUGCAGCUUACAAAGAAAAAGAUGGUAUUGGAGCACUUAGUAGUUGGUAGACUCACAAAGGCUAGUAAUGUGAAUCAGGAGGAGUUAGAUGAUAUUAUAAGGCAUGGGUCAAAAGAGCUUUUUGAUGAUGAUAAUGAUGAUGAAGCUGGAAAAUCUCUUCAAAUACAUUAUGACGACACUUUAAUAGAUAAUUUAUUGGAUCGUGACCAAGUUGACGCGGAAGAAGUUUUGGAAGACGAAGAAGAUGAUGAAUUUCUAAAAGGAUUCAAGGUGGCAAACUUCGAGUACAUAGAUGAGGCAAAGGCUUUAGCAGCAAAGGAGGAGGCACGCAGAAAGGCCGAAGCUGAAGCUGCAUCCAGUAAAGCAAACUAUUGGGAUGAAUUACUGAAAGACAGAUACGUUGAACAAAAUGUAGAAGAACACACUGCUAUGGGAAAAGGAAAAAGAAGCCGUAAACAGAUGGCUGCUGCUGAUGAGGAUGACAUUACUGGCCUGCAUGAAAGUUCUGAAGAUGAGGAUUACUCCUAUGACGAUGAUGUGUCGGAUAAUGACACAAAUUUACAAGGAAAUAUUUCUGGGAGGAGGGGUCAAUAUGCUAAGAAAAACUCACGUAAUGUCGAUUCACUCCCUUUGAUGGAGGGUGAAGGACGCUCUUUAAGAGUUUAUGGAUUCAAUCAAAUACAACGAACCCAAUUCCUACAGACACUCAUGAGGUAUGGUUUUCAGAACUAUGAUUGGAAAGAGUAUCUUCCUCGAUUGAAGGGGAAAAGUCUCGAGGAAAUUCAGAAAUAUGCUGAGCUUGUCAUGGCCCAUCUUGUAGAGGACAUGAAUGAGUCAACAACAUAUGCAGAUGGUGUGCCAAAGGAAAUGCGUAAUGAUGAGACAUUGGUCAGGCUAGCCAAAAUAUCACUUCUGGAGGAGAAGGUGGCUGCCAUGGAACAAGGAAAAAUUACAAAACUGCUUCCCAACUAUUUGCUGUAUGAAUUCCCUAGCUUAUCUAGUGGAAGAAUAUGGAAUGGGGAACAUGAUCUACUGUUACUGAAAGCAUUAAUAAAGCAUGGAUAUGCAAGGUGGCAAUACAUAUCAGAUGACAGAGAUAAUGGGCUGUUUGAAGCUGCUCGACAGGAGCUGAAUCUUCCUUCUGCUAAUGAAUUAAUUAGUUCUCAGUCAAACAAUGAUACAAAUGGAAAUCUAGAAAGCGCGCAGGAAGUCCAGGCAAACCCGUCUAGCUUGUCUCAGUACAGGGACAUCCAGAAAAAGAUUGUUGAGUUUAUAAGAAAGAGAUACCACAUUCUGGAGAAAUGCUUGGACACUGAAUAUGCUGUGAGAAAAACAAAAACCCCUGUUCCUGAUGAUCUUACUGAACAAAAUGUUCCUGGGGGACAUGGCCCAUCUGUUCCAGAUAUCAGUGAAGUGUCGAGAGAACUUCCCCCUCUCGUACCAAUUUCUGCCAAAGAAGUGGUUUCUGAUGGCGCAAUUGAUCAAUCUCAAGUUCCCCAUCUGUACAACAAGAUGUGCUCUGUGCUUGAAGAUAGCGGCGUACAUGCACUCAAUUCAUUCUUUGGUGACAAAGCAGCUUCUUCUAGUUUAGCCAAUAGCCUCCAUCAGUUUGAAACCGUGUGCGAGGAUGUUGAUCGGAUCUUGAGAGUCCAAGAAAAUGGUACCUCCUGCAGAGACCAAGUGCAAGAUGCUAAUGUCGAAGAAGCUACGCCCCCACAUGAUCCGGUCACCCAGGCAGCGAAUGGUGAUGGGCCUUCAACUGUUGAGCCGGAGGACAAAAUGGAUCUCGAUGGAUGAUGUGUCGGAACGAAGAAGAUAUGGAAAUCCCUUUAGUUUUGCUAAAUUGGUUCUAGUUUGCCAUGUCUCAACUCUAAACUAGGCGCCCAGGACAUUACCUGUUGCUUCUAACUCUUGCCGUCAGACAAUGUUUUUUUAGAAAAUGUGCCGUCAGACAAUGUACUAAUCAAGUUUUCUUUGCUCGUGCCGUAUGCUUACUGGUUGUAACUUAAAUCCCGACCGUCGAUCUGGGGGUGCACCUUAUGUUGUACUCCCUCCGUCCCAUAUAUAUUAAGUGACUUUCUCUUACAUGUAUCUAAACGUAUUUUAAUA